UGCCUUUCCCAUCCUAAUCUACAAAGGAAACAGGAAAAAGGAACUUAAACUCCCUGUACUCAGACAGCAAUGAGACUGUUAUAGCCCACUCCAGCACUGCAAUUUCUUGCCUCUGACUUGUAAACAAGAGUCCUCGUACCAUGCAAGGGAAGAGUAACCAAGGUCUACCCCAUUGAAAGGAUAAUCCUAACCCCAUGAGCUGCUGUGGAAACUGGAUGGAGGUAUUUUGGAAAGCAUGGACUCUUUAGCACAUUUAAUUCUCUGUGGAUUCAGCCUGAUGAUUUCAGGUAAAGUGGAGGCAGCACUGGACCUGGUGUUGAUCAAUUCACUCCCUCUAGUGAGCAACUCAGAGACAUCGCUUAUCUGCAUUGCAGCCAGAUGGAGUUCCCGCGAGUCUGUCACAAUAGGGCGAGACUAUGAGGCCUUGAUGAGCCAACACCAGGACCCUCUGGAAGUUACUGAAGACGAGAAGAGAGGAACAGCCAAAAAAGUGGUGUGGAAAAGGGAACAAGCUGGUGAAACUGUCGGAGCUUACUACUGUGAAGGGAAAGUCAAAGAUGAGGUGACAAGGAUACGUACAAUGAAGAUGCCACUAGGAGCUUCCUUCCUCCCAGUGGCCUUAACUAUGACAGUGAACAAGGGAGAACAUGUGAACAUUUCCUUCAUCAGAAAGAUUGCAAUGGAGGAAGAUGCAGUGAUCUACAAAAACGGUUCUUUCAUUCACUCUGUGCCCAGGCAUGAAGUGCCAAAUGUGCUAGAAGUGACCUGCUCUGAAGCCCUGCUACAGGAUGCAGGGGUCUACUCUGCCAGAUACAUAGGAGGAAACACCUUCACCACUGCUUAUACAAGGCUGAUAGUAAGACCUGCUUUUUUUAACCUCUUAGCUUGCUCAGUUUUAUCUCUGAGGGGGAAAAGCAAUCAGCAGAUGUCAUGUUGUGAAUAUUGGGUUCCUUACACAGGUUCAGCUGAUGUGUCACCUCAGAUAAAGCACUUGCCAGACCAUGUGGAACUCAAUUCUGGCGCAGAGUUUAAGCCUAUUUGUAUAGCCACUGGCAAGCCACUUCCUGUUAUUGAAGAAUUUAAACUGUUGAAACAAGAUGGGACUGUCUUCAAGCCCGUCUCAUUUGUUAGCAAUCGCUCAGAGGCAAAGUUUCAUAUCAAUAGAAUCCAGCCGCCUGACUCAGGAAUAUGGGUUUGCAGUGUUGAGACAGUAGCAGGGAUGGCAGAAGAGCCUUUCCAUGUUACAGUUAAAGUUCCUCCUGUGCCUCAGUAUGCUCCGAGGAUGAUAGACAGUGGACAUAAUUUUCUCAUCAUCGAUAUCAAUGCUGACUCCCAUACUGGCGAUGGACCGAUUGUGUUAACCAAGCUCCUGUAUAAGCCUGCUAAAGGUUAUCAGCCCUGGAUGUCAGUGGAAGUAAAUGGAAAGAGCAAGAAAUUAGAUAAUCUAGAACCCAAAACAGAAUAUCAGUUCUGUGUUCAGCUAAGCCGGCAAGGGGAUGGUGGAGAAGGGCAUCCUGGGCCACAGGCAAGCUUCACAACGGCUGCACUUGGUCUUCCUCCACCAGAAGGUCUCACCCUCCUUCCUAAAAGCAAGACAUCUCUGAUUUUGUCAUGGCAGCCAAUAGCACAGAAGCCAGAAGAUGACCUUCUUGUUGAAGUGGAAAGGACGAGUGUGAAUGACAACAGUGGUGAUGAGGACAGACCUGAUAUCACCCAUGUGCCAGGAAAUAUAUCCACUCUGGUUAUUGAUGAUUUAGAACCCAGACAGCAGUAUAGGUGCAGGGUACGUGUGAAUACCAGGUCUGAAGGAGAGUGGAGUGACUAUUUGUAUGCAUGGACCUACAGUGACAGAAUCCCACCGUCACCUGACAACAUCAAGAUUUUCAACAUCACGGACACCUCUGCCAUCAUCUCUUGGUCAACUGCUGCGGGACAGUCCAUCUCCUCCAUCAUCAUCAGCUACAAGAUUUAUGGCAAGGCUGAGUACAACCACAUUGACGUCACAAUAAAAAACACAACCAUCACGCAGUAUCAUCUCAAGGGCCUCGAGCCGAAUACUGUGUAUCUGGUUCAGAUGAGUGCACAGAACAAUAUUGGACUGAGCAACCCAAACCCUUCUCUUGAACUGAAGACUCUCCCGGAAACAAAAGCUCCGUAUGACUCGAAGGGAGGGAAAAUGCUGCUGAUUGCUAUCCUUGGCUCAGCAGGGAUGACCUGCCUGACAAUCCUGCUGGCCUUUCUCAUCAUGCUGCAGCUAAAGCGAGCCAACUUCCAGCGCAGAAUGGCUCAAGCCUUCCAAAACGUGGUGAGAGAAGAGCCAGCUGUCCAGUUUAACUCAGGAACUCUCACUCUGAGCAGGAAAGCCAAGAACAGCCCAGACCACACUAUCUAUCCAGUCCUCGAGUGGAAUGACAUCAAAUUUCAAGAUGUGAUCGGGGAGGGCAACUUUGGACAAGUCCUUAAAGCACGAAUUAAGAAGGAUGGCUUGCGAAUGGAUGCUGCCAUCAAAAGGAUGAAAGAGUAUGCCUCAAAGGAUGAUCACAGAGACUUUGCUGGAGAAUUGGAAGUUCUUUGUAAACUUGGACAUCAUCAUAAUAUCAUAAAUCUUUUGGGAGCAUGUGAACAUCGGGGGUAUCUUUACCUGGCUAUUGAAUAUGCUCCACAUGGAAAUUUACUCGAUUUCCUGAGGAAGAGCAGAGUGCUGGAGACAGACCCAGCAUUUGCUAUUGCCAACAGCACUGCCUCCACUCUGUCCUCUCAGCAGCUUCUGCAUUUUGCAGCAGAUGUGGCCAGAGGGAUGGACUACUUAAGCCAAAAACAGUUUAUUCAUCGCGAUUUGGCAGCAAGAAACAUCUUGGUUGGCGAAAACUAUGUUGCAAAAAUAGCAGAUUUUGGAUUGUCUAGAGGUCAAGAAGUUUAUGUUAAAAAGACCAUGGGAAGGCUUCCAGUGCGAUGGAUGGCAAUUGAAUCUCUAAAUUACAGUGUGUACACCACAAACAGCGACGUGUGGUCAUAUGGUGUCCUAUUAUGGGAAAUAGUUAGUUUAGGUGGGACACCGUACUGUGGAAUGACAUGUGCAGAACUCUAUGAGAAAUUGCCACAAGGGUACAGACUGGAAAAGCCUCUCAAUUGUGAUGAUGAGGUGUAUGACCUGAUGAGACAGUGUUGGCGGGAGAAACCGUAUGAAAGGCCAUCAUUUGCUCAGAUCCUGGUGUCACUGAACAGGAUGUUAGAGGAACGAAAGACAUAUGUGAAUACCACGCUGUAUGAGAAGUUUACCUAUGCAGGCAUCGACUGCUCUGCUGAAGAAGCUGCUUAA